AUGUCGAGCCCUCUCGACACCGACGCCGGCUCCGAGUUAUUCAGCACGUACGAAGCCGAGCUCAAACUCGUACAGGCAGAUGUGAAUCAAAAGCUGGACCAGAUCCCCGAACUGGCGGGCGAAGAGAAGAAAGCAGCCAUCCGCGGAGCGGAACGAGCCAUCGACGAGGCGAAAGAGCUGCUCGACCAGAUGAACCUCGAGAAAUCCAACAUUCCCACUUCGCAACGCUCCAAGGUCAACUCGCGCUUCCGCAACCACCAAUCCGACGUUGACGCGCUCUCACGAAAACUGAAAUCCAUGGCCGACAGCGACCGCAAACAGCUCUUCGGCGACCGCUACACCGAUGACCCGGAAUCCGGACCGAGGGAUUUGCAGUUAGAACAGCGCCAGCAGUUGCUCUCGGGCACGGAACGCCUAGGACGCAGCUCCGACCGGCUUAGAGAAUCACAGAGGAUAGCGCUCGAGACGGAACAGAUCGGUGCGAGUACGUUGGCGGAUCUACACCAACAGCGGAAUGUCAUUGAGAACACACAUCGGAAUCUGCUGCAGAGCGAGGGUUACGUGGACCGAAGUGUCAAGACGCUGAGGGGAAUGGCCAGAAGGAUGGCCACGAAUCGAAUCAUCACGAUCGCCAUCAUCACGGUGCUGGUGCUUCUUAUCAUCGGCGUUAUUUACAGCAAGUUCAGAUGA